AGUCAAUUUCUAUUUAGUGUCUGCUGUUAGAUUUCGGGAGGAUAAAGUGAAUUUGUGUAGAUUUUUUAGAAGUUUUAAAAAUUUGAAAAAUGGAACUUAGUAAAAAUAUACUAGACGGAAUUUCUAUCGCAGGAGACAUAUCAAAAAUUUCUGAUAAUGUAUAUAGCCAUCUACUUACCGAAAUAUGCGAAGUUGCUGUUAGCAGACCUAUCAGGAAAGGACGUGACUGUAAAAGUUUAGAUGAAAAAACAGCGUACAGCUCGUUGCUUAGUUUUCUGUUAGAAGCGGCGAAGCAUGAUGCAGAUCCUAUGUCUCUAAGUUCUGUAUUAGAAGAAUGCAGAAUGGAUUCUAGUCGCAUAUCUAUGUUUCAGAACAAGUUCCAGGAAAAUAAAGAUAAAAUUCAAUCCCAGUUAUCAAGAAUAGGUAGAAGUUUUGAUCAUGUGAUUGAUGUGAAAUGGCGACAGGAUUAUGUGAUCAAGUCGAGUAAUUGUAAAAAAGUCUGUGAGCUUAAUUAUAUUAUCUGUUUGAAAACAUGGAAUCCAUUGACAAACUCUACAGAUGAUGUAACAUUUGCCUGUUCAAUGGAACAACUUCAGUUUCGUGGACAAUUAUCCGGGAGAAGUCGUUUGCCCGAUUUGUUGAAAUGUGGAUGUCACAAGCUGAUACUGCUAGAUGUCUCAAUGUCUUUCAUAGCGUGGUCCACCGACUAUGAAAUCAGUUUGAAUCCAAGAAUUCUGUGCCUAGAAGACAUGUUCGAGGCAGACCUAGGGUUACAACACCUGUGAGAGACCGUUAGCUCUUUUCAGCCCAAAGGAGGAGUAACAUUACUGUGCCUCAGCUUACGGCAGAUCAUUUAGUGGUAACAGGAACUAGAAUCUCAGCUACUAUAGUGUGCAGACGCCUGCACAAUACAGGUCUGUAUGUAAGACGGCCAGUUGUUUGUGUCCUCUUGACCCGAGGACAGAAAAGUGGCCGUUUAUGUUGGGCAAGAGAACACGUCUCCUGGACCAGUCAACAGUGGGUGUCUGUUCUUUUCACAGACGAGUCCAGGUUCACAUUGCAGAGUGAUUCAGGUCCUCAGCUGAUCUGGAAGGAACAACGCACCAGAUGGAACCAAUCCCACAGUGUGGAAAGGCACAGUUACAGAGGUGGUGGAAUAAUGGCUUGGGCUGGGAUCUAUCUUGGUAGUCACACUGACCUGCAUGUAUUCCAUGGAGGAACUUUGGCUUGUGUGAGACUGAGAUGAGAUCCUUGAUUAAUAUGUCUACCCAUAUGCUGCUGCUAUUGGUCCUGAAUUUUUUCUGAUGGAUGGCAAUGCGCGACUACACCAAGCUCGGAUUUCGGAAGAAUAUCUUGAGGGUCAUGGUACGGAACAGAUAGAAUGACCAGCUCAAUCUCUAGACCUGAAUCUGGCAUUUUUAAGACUACCUUAUGAGUUAGGCUGCUGCUUUAAGUCCUCCUCCAAGGUCGUUAGAUGAGCUUGAACAAGGAUUACUCUGGAUCUGGUUGUAACUUCACAUUUCGCUGACCGACAACUUUAUUGACAGCAUGGAAUGUCACUGCUGCCAGUGUAUUGCAGCUAGGGGUGGACACAUUCCUUAUUAGAACCCAUUUUUGUAAUGUUGUCACCCCAUUUUCCCUAAAAAAAAAACUGUGAUAUACUGUUUCUGCAAGACUGGAUUUCUCUGCCAAGUAUGCAAUUUGUUUUUGUAAUUCAUGUUUAUGUUGAACUGUAGAAACAUUCUAUAUCGCAUUCAUUAAAGAACUGUUUAAUGAACA